UGAACGCUAGCGAAGACGAAAACUUUAGUGAUAGCCAGAACACAGCCUUUGAUGAAAAAGACCUUGGUAUUAAAAUGGAGAGUACUAAAGAUGCCAGUGAAAACUUAUUUGAGACAACUUUUUAAUAGAGAUAUGGACCUUGCUCCAUUUGAAGUCCCUACAGUGCUGUUUGAAUUACAUGAAAAUUCCUUGUUGUAUAUGGACCGUGAAGAAUGGGACAAAGCUCUGAUAUUGCUCCAGAAAGCUCAGGUGCUGGUUGAUCAGACUAAGUUCAAGAAAGACCGACUUAUCAUCGUGAUUAUAUUCCAUAACACAGCACUUUGCCAUCAAAUGAUGGGGAACCUUGAAGAAGCGUCUUUAUUUUUAUAGAAACUGCAGUUUUGAAUUUAGAAAUACUGUCUUUGAUGCCUGAGUUCCAGGCGCCUCCGGUCAAGAACCACAUUAUUUACCUUGAAGGGUUGUUGCGGAUGCAGCUUUGAGCGCUGUUCUCUCAGCUUCACCGACACCGAGAAGGCUUGUAUCACUCCCAAAUCUCUGUCCGAAUAUCGCAUUAUCUGAUUCGAGACACUUUCAACUACAGCGAUGCCAUGAAAGUCAGAGACAUUUUGGAGUCGAUGGACCAGAAAGACAGCGACAAAGAUGAUGGCCAGUCGUUUACUUUUCUGUCGAUUCUACAAAAGAAUUACAUUUCAAUUCAGCCAGUCCUCAAAGAAAUCUACAAGAGACUGGUCAGAGAAGAGAAUGGAGUCGACACUCUGGAGUCCAAAGCUGAAAGAUAUGUCACUACUGACGGAGCUAAAGCGACUAUGGAUCAAAAGUACAAGAACAGAGAUCCAAACGACAUCGACAUGAGGAACAUUCUCGGGUUUAUGAACCAGAAUUUGUACCAUGACUACAUGAACAUCACUAACAUCAUGAAGCUGAAGCGACUUGACUUCAGAGAUGUCUACGGAAACAGGUCUCCAGACCUCAUUCUGACUCGUGAAAACCUUGUCGAACGACUGAUUCUGCUCGUGGCUUCUUACUUCUGCAUCGGGACGGAGCUGCGGUUUCUGAAACAAAUGAACACAGAAGGCUUCAAAGAUACCCAGGAUGCUGAGUUCUGGCACGGAAAAGCGGUCGAGCUUGCUGUGAAUUUCUUGCCCUCGAAUGCUCCGCUGGUCAAGCACAUUGUGAAUUCAUACUCUAAACACCACUCACCAUGAAAUGAUGAAAUUCCUGAAGACAAAGAAGUCCAAGAAGACGUGCACAUUUUCAAAGCACAGAAUGGAAUCAUCAGCGGCAAGCUGGCUCCAAUGGUCAAGAAGGUUGGAGGGACAUCGAUCAGGCUGACUCCACUUGAUAUCCCUCAGAAUGACUAUCUUGCAGACAUUUUCGACGACAAGGAUGAACCCCAGAGUGAGAAGAACUUGGAAGCAUCGAGCAGUGCCCAGAAUGUCGAGAGCAAGAAUGGCAACAAUGACUCUAAUAAUGAAUAUAAUGAUAACUAUCUUUCAAUAAAACCAGAGAAGAGCUCUGAAAGCAUUAAGGAAAAGCGAUCGCGACCUUUGACCUCAAAAGGCAAAAGAAAGCUAAUCCGGAGUAAGAACAAUACGGAGAACAUAAGUAAUGAUGCCAUUGCAGCAUCUGGAAAUCAUAAAGAUUCUGAAGAGGAAAGUUGCACCCGCCCCUUAACUAUAAGUGAUGCUUCUAAGAAGAGCAGGAAAAGAAAAGGAAGCCAAGAAAAGACAUCUCAGUUUGAUAGUAAAUCUACAACGAUUAUUAUACAUGACAAGGAUGUCAAUACAGAUAAUCUGCACAUCUCAGUUUAUAAAAAGAGGAAAGACAACAGCAAUGCCAAUGAUUCUAUUGAAGCCAAUUCAAGAAAAUUCUCAGGGCGAGGACAAAAAGAUUUAAAGUCUUCAGAGAGAAUAGAAAAUCAGAUUUACAGCCAUAAUGACUCUCGAGGAAAUAGUAGAAGAAAGAGAGCGAGGACCAAAAAGCAUCAUACUGGGAGUGAAAUUUUGUUGAAGGAAUCCAACCCUAGGAACCCAAAGGAGCGAAAUGUUUCUGUUGAAAUAGCUAAGAACAAAUCAAUUGCUGAGCUUUACAAGGGACCUGCUCAUCAACAAUCUAUGAAUAUUAAGAAAAAGAGCAUACAAUAUUCAAUGAAAAGAAGCCGAAUUAAUGAUCUUUUAAAAUAGCAAUUUAUCCAUUGAAGGAGGAGGAUAUAUGAACGAAAAGAACAUCAAGUUAGCCAUUACUAAAGAACUUAGGAAGAGUAGUGGCUACAAGAGGUUUAAAGAUUUUCGGCAUUCCUCUUCAUCAAUACCCAACGCAGUGAACCUUUCCUCUAAUUUAAACACAAGAAAUAAGAAGCAUAACCUCUAUCCUUAUGAGAAUCAAGCAAUGACUGGGAAAGAUAAGAAGAGUAAGAAUAAUUUAAGAUAUGACUCUUUUAAGAGAAAAUACACUGUCUAUAACGACUCCUCCCAAGUAGUCACAGGCUUUAAUAAAAAGUUAAACAACAAUUUCAUGAGAUCUAACGCAAAGAUGAGUCAUAGCCUCGACAGGGAUAACUAAAUCUUCAAUUUUUUACACUUAAACCUC